UCGGUUCCACAGUCGACGGGCUCUCUUCCCGUACGAAUUCUCGGAAAUUGAAGCCUCGGGUUCGGGGAUUUCGAGCCCCGCAGACUCGGGGCACUUGGUACGGGCCUGAGACGCGAGCGAGGGCCUUUCAACUCGGCCCGCGUCCCAUGCAGUCCUCAUCGAGGUGUGGUUCACGUUGUCCUGGUUGGAAAUAUACGCGCCGUGAAUGAAUGAAUCAACAAGUGUUGAAAUUAACUUGAACGCGGUUGGGUCGAGUUAUCGAAGGCGUCGUCAUACGAUGGAUUACUAAGCGUUCGGUUAAACUUUUCUUCCUCAAACUCUGGAUCGUUAUUUAUUAAACUGUUCUUGAAACGGAGCGUCGCUGCGCAGUGCGCUCAAAUAUAUCGGUCGUCGUCGAAAUUUCUCAGAAGAAAUAACUUCUUUCAUCUGAAGAUGAAUUGUUAGGCGUUCGAAAAAGUUUUCAACACCCGAUUCAUUCUUCUUCACUCUGCAACUUGUGAAUUUAUACGUAUUUCACUAAACUCGCGGUAACACGAAGCCGCGAAGUGCGCUGAAAACUGAAAGGAAUUUUAAACGACAUAACAAGUCAAGUCAAGGAUUUGUAAAAGUGUUCAUUUAAAAACAACACUCUGGAUCUCUGACUUUCUCGCCAAGGUCUCCGGGUGUAUGGUGCGUGUAAAAUUCGGGCGAAAGACAAAAGUCAAACUGUGAAUAUCACCGGUCCAAUAUCAAGAAAGCAUCUACCUAAUACGAAUUCGGAACGAUGGCUAAUUUCAUACGUCUGAUGCUGGUUGUGGGACUGUUUUACGGAAGAAGUCAGAGUCUGUCGAGUGGAGCACCGCCGAAGGCUUGUGAGAACUUGACGCCUAUUCAUCAGUAUGGUUCGGUGCAAAAUUCACCUCCACCGUAUCAGGUUUUGCCAGCAGCUGGACAAGGCAGAGUAAGACUGAUUUUGGGGAGCCCGCAGGGUUUGGCCUAUCAAGGCUUCAUAAUGGUAGCCAGAGACGUUGACACUGGCGAGUUCGUCGGCGAGUUUGUCAGCCUGCCCGACGGCGCCAGGGUCGUCGAGUGUACCGAGGGACUCAAGAACGGAGUUACGCACAUAAACAAGGACAGAAAACAAAAUCUCGAGUUCGACUGGGAAGCACCGGAAGACUACGUCGGGACCAUUAUUUUCAACUCUACAUUCGCUCAAGACUAUUCCACGUACUGGGUCGGCGUUGAGUCACCCAGGGUCAGUGUACUCCGAAGGUCCAUCGACGUCAAGACGGUCCCAACCGUGGCCACUUCCCCCAGGACAACUACGCCCCCGAUCUACACCCCUUUCGCCGAGGACAGGGCUCCAGUCGCUGAUGAUCCCUUCUACAAUGGCUGUGGAACUACGAAAAAUUGCUUUGGAACCCCAGACAAUUGCGUUCGAGAUAAGAAUUGCAAGGCCGCUGUCUCAGUUCUAGUUCGUGGAGAACGCUACUUCUUCGAGAUGACAGCCCGCAAGAGCAUCUACGUUGCGGUCGGGCUUUCGGCUGACAGUAAAAUGGGUGAAGACAGCGUUGUAGAGUGCGUCAACAACGGAACUGCUGUGGGCCUAUUCACGUCUUGGAAUGCUGGAAAAACGAACACGAGACAUUCGACCCCAAGCGGAUUCGUACAGUUCGACUCUGGCAUCGUCACCGACGACACGAUAACCUGCAGAUUCUGGAGAGAGAAGUCAACUAUCGUCGAAGGCCGACAGUUCGACCUCGUCAACACUCCUUUCCACUUGUUGGUCGCCGCCGGAAGUUCUUUGAGACGCAACGGCGUCGAUUACCACAACGUCGCCUACGCCGCCUCCGGUGAAGCGAAGCUCCUGUCGGAUGUCGGGGGUUUUUUGGUGGCCAGUAACCUUCUUAUUCGAGUCCACGGAGCCUUGAUGCUCGCCGCCUGGAUCGGCGCGGCCUCCAUCGGCAUCCUUUUGGCCAGAUACUACAGGCAGACGUGGGUGAAUUCUCAGCUCUGUGGAAAGGAUCAGUGGUUCACGUGGCAUAGAUUCUUCAUGAUCCUCACCUGGUCCCUGACCAUCGCUGCCUUCGUUAUAAUCUUCGUCGAGCUCGAGGCUUGGAGCACCGCAACUCUGCACGCCUCCUUCGGCCUGGCGACGACAAUUCUGUGCUUUGUCCAGCCUUUCAUGGCGGCACUGAGGCCGCACCCCGGCACACCGCGAAGAACGAUUUUCAACUGGGGUCACUGGUUCGUCGGGAACGCCGCCCACAUUUGCGGCAUUGUCGCCAUAUUCUUCGCGGUUCCAACGACCAAGGCGAGGCUGCCGGAUUGGGUGACCUGGGUGAUGGUGGCCUACGUCGUUUUCCACAUCCUGACCCACCUGAUUCUAACGUUCGUCGGCUGUGCCUCCGACCGGCAAGCCAGCCACCGUAUCAAUUCAUUCCCAAUGAAGGAUAUGCACGCGAGAAGCGCGAUGACGCAUCCAGACGCCAGGCGGGACGCGCCCCAAGCCGGACUGAGAAAGACGAUCUUCGGCCUUUACUUCGUGAUCGUCGCCUGCUUCUGUGCCGCCCUCAUCGUCAUAGUCGUCCUGGCGCCAAUCGAAGAAACUUGGGCCUCCUUGACCACCACCAUAUCGAAGUAUUGAUCUGCCACAAAACGGCGUUCCGCUCUGACCGUAUCCAUAUGAUACACAAUAAAAGCGCGAAGGAAUAUUAGUUACUCAUGCAUGAAUUUCUUUCUUUUUUUUUCCCUUUCUUUCGACAUUUAGUCCUUCUUCGUAUAAAAUUCCAUCAACAUCGCGAAAGGCUCAAGUUAUGAGGUUACGAUAGAAGGUAUAGACGGUGUAGCGUGCUCUUGAGGCCUGUAAAUUGUCCAGUACUUAGUACAAAGGAAGCUGGAGAAGUUUUGCAACGGAGUUAUCGCAGUUUCCAUAAAUAUAUUUAUAACAUUCGUAUACAAAAAUUGAAUUUUAUAAAUUUUAUAUACGUGUUUGAUACUUAUACAUAUAUACAUAACUAUAAUGUUGUUCUUAACGAGUUCUUAUUUACGACUGCAAAAAUAAUUGUACCCACCAUUGUACGAUGAUAAUUGACCAUAAGUGUACUUUAAGGCGGUUGAUUACAGGAAAUGAAAAAUAAGAAAAAAAUUAUGUUUCACGUUGUAAGUAAACCUUACUCGACAGACUUUCAUAUUACGCAUUGUUGUUGGUAUUGAAUAUUAUUAUUAAUCGAUUUUUGUAAUUGUUAAUUACAUAUACAUAUAUUAGGUAAAUGUACAAACCACGCGAUGUCAAUGGCAUUUUUUAUAAACUGUAUACAGACACACACACACAUUUCGUUUUCCAUGAUUUAAAAAUAAUUACAUACCAGCGGGUGCUUGAAUGCGUACAAUUACUUAGUUUUGUUUUCGAAAGAUAAUUUAUUUACAUAUUAUAUUAUCAAUAUAUAUAUAUAUAUAUAUCUAUCUAUAGUAUUAGUUAAGUCUAUAUACAUCUGCGUACACGGUGUAAGUUUACAUUAGAAAAAAAAAAAUUCUUACUGAUUUUAAAAUAAUUUAUCGUAGCUGCAGAAUAUUCAAAAUUGGUUCCGUUACUGUUUCUCGUAAUGCUGAAAAGUUGUAACAACUGAUCGAUGUAACAAGGAAAAAGCAAUAUGACAUCGCAUCGAUGUACAAAUUUUUACGUACAUAGAUAUGUUACUAGUAUUAUACACGUACGCUCAACGAAACGUAAUAAACAUCGACAGUACGAA